GUAACAGUCUCAACGGCAAUGCAAAAAAUACCUAUAAGAUGCUUCACAGGAACUGCAGCCCCUUCCCUUUCAUCCACAAGCGCAAAAAUCAAACACCUGGUUUCCAAUGGCCUCUUUGAAGAGGCCCUCAGAUUCUACAAACACCUCCACUCUUCUGGAAUCCAUGGUAACCCCUCCUACCUUCCUUCCCUCCUCAAAGCAUCCUCUUCUGCUCAAUUCCUGCCUUUCGGCUUCCAACUCCAUUGCAUCCUCCUCAAAACUGGUCACUCGGUUGAUUCCGUGACGGCGAAUUCCCUCCUUUCCAUGUAUUCAAAAUGUUCUCUCGUCAAUUCGGCAUGCCGGGUAUUCGAUACAAUGCCUAUGAGAGACUCGGUAGCAUGGAAUUCAAUGAUCAUGUGCUAUACGCGAAAUGGGUAUUUUUCCGAAUCAGUUGAGACGUUCAAGGAAAUGCUUUACUUGGGUUUGGGGCCACAUCCCGAGCUGAUUGGGAGCGUUGUAUCGGCUUGUGGCUGGAUGGGCAAUUUGAGCUUGGGAAGGGAAAUCCAUGCUCGCAUUGUCUGUACUGGAAUGUUCGAGAUUUCUGUGCUUCUGGCAACUGCUCUUGUUGACAUGUACUCCAGGUGUCAUGAUGUGCACACUGCUUUGGAAGUAUUCAAGAGGAUGCUGGAGAGAAAUGUGGUUUCUUGGACUGUGCUGAUUGCAGGGUGUGUGGUGAAUGGGAGUUAUGAAAUGUCACUUAAUGCCUUUUGCGCAAUGCAGGUCGAGAAUGUUAAACCAAACAGGGUAACUUUAAUUACAGUUUUGCCAUCCUGUGCUGAGUUGGGAGCUUUGAAAUGUGGGAAAGAAAUUCACGGGUAUGCCUUCCGCCAUGGGUUUGAGACGGAACCUCAUGUGGAUGCAGCUUUGAUAGACAUGUAUAGCAAAUCAGGAGCAUCAAGAAAGGCUUCGUUUAUUUUUGAACGAGCUGCUAGAAGAGAUGUUGUCGUGUGGAGUUCAAUCAUUGGAAGCUAUUCUCGGAGUGGAGAUAGCGUCCUUGCCAUGAAUCUUUUCCAUCAGAUGCGGAUGGAGGGCAUAGAACCAAACUCUAUAACUAUACUCGCGGUUCUUGUGGCUUGCAUUGGCCUAUCAUCGGUAAGUCACGGGCAAGGAAUCCAUGGCUAUGUUGUAAAGUCUGGCUUGGAUUCAGAUGUCUUUGUUGGCAAUUCUCUUAUAGAUAUGUAUUCAAAAUGUGGAUGCCUCAAUGCUUCACAUCAAGUCUUUGAAGAGAUGCCUGUGAGAGAUCCUGUGUCAUGGAGUGCUAUGAUCUCCAGCUAUGGCCUUCAUGGUUUUGGCACUGACGCGUUGCAACUCUUCCAUGAGAUGCAAGAAGAAGGAAUUAAGCCCGAUCAGAUUAUGUUGCUUGCUGUUUUAUCAGCAUGCAACCAUGCUGGCCUUGUCAACGAAGGGCAGAAACUCUUUGACCAUUUCAUUCGAGAUCAAGGCAUUAGCCUGAGUGUGGAGCACUACGCCUGUUACAUUGAUCUUCUUGGGCGUUCUGGCAAGGUUGAAGAUGCCUGUGAGGUCGUAAGCUGUAUGCCCAUGAAAGCAAGCCCGAGCAUUUGGGGUUGUUUGGUUUCUGCCUGCAGGGUCCACGGCAAAUUUGAGGUGGCGUUGAAGCUGGCACGUCAGCUUAUUGAUUCAGAACCAGAGAAUGCAGCAAACUAUACGUUGCUUUCGAUGAUAUAUGCAGAGAGUGGUAACUGGGCUGGUGUGGAGGAGGUAAGGAGAGUAAUGAGAGAAAGAGGACUAAAGAAGAGCUCUGGAUACAGUCGAAUUCAGAUCAAGUAGUUCAUAGCUAGCGCAUUUUAUUGAAUUGAUUUGUCAAUUGUCAAUACCAAGAUCUUUUGAAGUAGUUGUCAAGGAACAAUCUGUUAUUCCCCAAAGCCUCCUUUGGAUUCACCAUGACAAGAUGACAAUGACAUCAUGCAACGGCCACCAAAGGAAUGAGGCAUUCCCUUGGACAAUGCUUAAGAAGCCUAUGAUUGCAGUGAAGCUCUGCUGACGCCAUAUUCUACUGACCAAUGGUGGCCUUGCAGGAUCCAACAUAACCUGAAACAAGGAUUACCACAAUGAAUCCAGCUCAAAAGUCAAGCUGGUUUGUGCAUGCCUUCUCUCGAGUAGAAGUUGUACAGCUAUGGUGGUGAACCGGGCUUCUAGAAGUUUGCGAUUCUUGGCUCUCUGCAUGUGUGUCCAACUCCAACGUGCACAUCAGCGUCCAAGUUCCACAGACCAGAGCACACUUCUCCAAUUCUUUGACAACAGUAAAUUGAAAUGUCGUCAGAGGUAAGAAAGAAGAGGGAUUCUUGAGAAGAUUUAGAGAAAGCAGAUGAAGAGUAAGAUGGAGAUAUCCAAAUCAUGGGAUAAAACUCAUUCUUAUUGGAUCACCUUAUGUUUAAUUGUGGCUGCCAACCAUCCAUUUUAACUGUCCAUUUGAUGGGCACUAACUUGAUGUUUCGGUUCAUCCGAACAUGAUUCUCAUGAUACAGUCCACAAUGGGGCCCAUGAUUUGGAUGAUGUGGACAGUUGAUUGACAAACAUGUAUGGCACAUGUACAGUAAUAAUACAUUCUUGAAAUUUCUCUGUGAAAAUUAGCAUAGGUGUUGUUAUGGAUGUGGUUUGUCUGC